AUGCCUGGAAAGCGCGAGAGAGUGCACGGUGGCAAUGCCGAGAGUCAAGCGUCUGCUGUGCCGCAGGGAGGUGGUCAGACGAGAGCAAGGCCGGAGUCCCAUGGCGACACGGAUCAACCCGCUGCGACCCACAUAAGAGUGGAGGAAACGCGGCAACCGCAGUGGACUCUUGACAGUCGACUGGAAGAAGUGCUGCUGGAGGGAAAGGAACGCAUCACCAACAUGAGGCUGAAUGAUUUCCUUCGGAAUUGUUUUGACGGCAGGGGCGUUGAGGAAUUCAAUGAGAACGUCUAUAUGAAGGACUUUUUAGGUGGCCCCAAUGAGUUCAUCCAAGACGAAGUGUUAUUGAGGACAAUAGAGGCAUCGCCGCCAUGCCAAGAGCUGAAAAAAGAGCGUGAGGAGUUUUACAUGCUAUUGGAGGCCUCAAAUAAGCUUAAAAAAGAAUAUAUUGCCACUCUCAGUCGAUGGAGGGACUUUGAGGGAAAGGAUACGGUCACUCCUCUUGCAAGGGCACAGAUAAGCACAGCCUGCUCUCAGGUACUGAGAGAAGAGAGUCGGAAGGCAGAGGAAAGGGAAAGGCGAGAACGACAAGAACUGGGAAUUGACGUUUCCACUAGGCUUAAAUAUGCGGUGUUUAAAGGAAGGGUUCGCGUGGAUAAAAUGAAGCUGAAUGAUUUUCUUGCGAUGGAAUUGGACGGCAGGGGCACUUUGCGCGACAAUCGGGAUGUCUUGCUGGAGGAGUUUUUCAAGAACCCCAAGAAGUAUAUUUGCGAUGCGGGAGUAUUGGGCGGAAUGCAGGCAUCGGAUCGUUACAAGAGGAUGGAGAGGGCUGUGAGGCAUGAAAUGGAUAUGGAAGAGGAUGUAAACAGGCUUUACAAAAAUGGUGUGGACAAUCUACUGAAGUGGUUGGUGGCUGCUGCGGAGGUAAAGGCAAAUGUUCAUGAAACCACUAAAAGGUUCCUGGAUGCAGCCGCCGAGGAGGCGAGGAGCCCAAAGAAGUCGAGUGCACCGAUAUACCUGGAGGGAUGCUACGAGUCUGUGUACAAUGCAAGGUGGCAUCAUGUCGUGGAAGUUUCUGACGGCGAGGGGACGGGAAUGGAUGUGAGGGAGGGGGAACCACCGCAGUCAUGGACGUACAAGGCAGUUGGCGAAACUCUUGAAAAGGAUGACGGUGUGCAGCAAUCCGGUGCACCGCGUCCCAGGCUGAUGGUGCUCACCUCGGACAGGGGAUGGCCGUACUCGUGGGAGGAGAAUGAAUCCACUCGUGACUGCCAUGUGAACUGUGAGGUGGAGCGAGUGUGGCAGACCGUCAGGAAUGAUCUCACCGAAUGGUUCAGCCCUGACACUGGGGACUACUUUACGCCCAAGAGGCGUGUGUUGAUUGGGACGCCCGGGAUCGGGAAGUCGAUCGCUGCUGGCUCGUACCUCCUCUACCAGCUGCUGCACUGCGAUGCGGAGAAACUCCAUUUGGUUAUCUACAGUUUUGGUGGAAAUACGACGUACGUGUUUGACAAGACCAUCAAGGCGGUGACGAAAUACGUGGGUGGAGGACCAUCCAAGGAAUUUUUUCAUGAUUUGUGGGAUUUGAAGAUGAAAGGGUAUGCUAUCUACGAUGUGACAAGGCAAGGGAAACCGCCAGAGGAAUAUUUUUUGCCUGACCGGAGAUGGGGCAUGAUUGUGGUGUCAUCGCCAGAGGUAAGCAA